AUGGCAGCCGUGAUCUUGAGUCAACACGACGCCAACGUCCUCGAGAAGAUCAAAGACCCGGAGUCAAACUCAUCAGCAAGUGUACUGGUAGAUCCGAGCCUCCCCAAAGACCCUCUCAUCACAGACCCGUCUGUGUAUGAACGCAUCUCGCAGAGAGAACGAGAUGUCGUCUUGUCGGUUCAGCAACUCGAGAUGCAACUUGCUGGUCUGAAACCCGUAACCUCGGACCCCAUCAAGGACUACCAUAGCGCCGUUUCUAGACUUGGAGAUAUCAUCUCGGAGUAUCCCAAAUACGCCAGCGCCCGUAACAACAGGGCCCAGGCUUUGAGGAGGCUCUACGGGGACACGAUGCUUUUGCAAACAUUCAACCCGCGAGCUCUGGUUCAGGCCUGCGAUGGCCAAGAAAUAAUUAAGGCCGCCAAGACCGCCUUGUCCGACUUGGACGAGGCAAUCAGGUUGUUGACGCCUAAGAGUCUCUUCGCGUUGGUAUCACCCCAAACUGGGAAGAUACUAUCCCUCGCAUACACCCAACGAGCAGCCAUCUACCACAUGACGGCGAAGUCGAUGUCGGACAGCAGAAUAUACCUAGGGGAAGAUAGAAAAGAGACGGAGUGGACCAGAAUUAAAUUUGAGGAAGCCGCAUCGCGAGAUUUUGCCCAAGGGGGCCGUUUCGGUAAUGAGAUCGCGAAACAGUUGGCUGUCAGCACGAACCCGACAGCCAAACUUUGUGGCCAGAUGGUGAGAGAAGCCUUGAAGAAAGAAUAUGAACCAGCUUAUGAGGAUUGA